AUGCGCCUGGCUGUCGCCGCCCUCGUGCUGCUGGGCGCCCUGGCCUGCGUCAGUGCAUCCCCCAAGGGUGACGCCAACGAGGUCAACCAAAACAUGCGCAUCACCCAAAUCGGCAGCGGCAACACCGCCAUCGAAGACAGGGCGAGCCAGGCCGCCUUCAUCAACCAGGGCAAGGGCAACAAGAUCAACCAGGACAUCACGACGUACACCCGCGCCUCCGCUAUCGAAGUCAACGCCGGUGCCAAGGGCAAGAAGUUUGGCGGCCGCAAGAUGCUGGCGGGCAACACGCCUGCCUUCCAGCCUGAUGUCGGGGUCAAGAGCAACGUCGGCGUGCAGGUCCAGCCCAACAGGAACGGUGUUAGCACCAACAUCUACGCCGUCCCCCAGGUGUGA